AACUGAGAGAAGAAAUGAACAGAAUAGAAGGGCAAAUAGAGGAGCGAGGGUACUGGGGCAGUAAAGCAGAGUUUCUUCUGGCUGUUGCAGGGAAUGUGGUUGGUCUGGGUAACGUGUGGAGGUUUCCUUACCUCUGCUACAGGAAUGGAGGAGGGGCGUUCCUGAUACCCUACCUGGUGUUUGUGGUUACCUGUGGGGUGCCUCUGUUCCUGCUAGAGACCGCUAUGGGACAGUACACACAGGAAGGUCCCAUUACAUGUUGGCAUAGGCUCUGUCCACUGGCUGGGGGUAUUGGCUAUGCAGGACAAUUGAUAUUGCUUUACAACUGCAUGUAUAAUAUCAUUCUGGCCUGGGCACUAUUCUACCUUAUUUUCUCUUUCAAUUCCCAACUUCCAUGGGCCAGCUGUGAUAACACCUGGAACACAGAUGACUGUGUAAAUCUUGCUGAACAAAACCUGACCCUCAACCAAACAACUCUAAUUCAUUCUACACCUGCAGCUAUUGAGUUCUGGGAACGCAGAGUGCUGUCUCUCUCUGGAGGUAUUGAGGAGAUUGGUAAGAUCAACUGGGAGAUUCUUCUGUGUCUCAUUGCAGUGUGGAUCAUAUGUUAUUUCUGCAUCUGGAAAGGAGUCAAAUCUACAGGCAAGGUGGUGUAUUUUACAGCUACAUUUCCUUACGUGAUGCUGCUGGUGUUGCUGAUUCGUGGGUUGACUCUUCCUGGAGCUCUGAAGGGUGUUGUGUUUUACCUGUACCCUGAACCGGCUCGUCUCUCUGACCCACAGGUUUGGAUGGAGGCAGGAACUCAGAUCUUUUUCUCCUACAGUGUGUGUUUUGGCUCUCUUAUUGCACUAGGAAGUUAUAAUCAAUACUACAACAACUGCUACAGGGACUGUUUGUGGCUUUGCCUUCUGAACAGUGCCACCAGUUUAGUGGCUGGUUUUGCUGUGUUCUCAGUCCUGGGUUUCAUGGCUAAUGCCCAGGGCAUCCCCAUAGAGGAGGUAGCAGAAUCAGGUCCAGGACUAGCGUUCAUAGCUUAUCCACAAGCAGUAGCUAUGAUGCCUCUCCCUCAGUUGUGGGCUGUUUGUUUCUUCAUCAUGAUUAUUUUGCUGGGCCUAGAUACACAGUUUGUUGGAAUGGAGUCUAUAAUUACAUCAGCGAUGGACAUGUUCCCCAUGGUGCUGCGCAAAGCUGGACGCCGAGAAACGUUUCUCCUGCUGUUCUGUCUCUCUUGCUUCUUUGGACAACUCAUCAUGGUUACAGAGGGGGGGAUGUAUGUAUUCCAGUUGUUUGACAACUAUGCCUGUAAUGGAGCUUGUAUUCUGUUCCUAUCUGUGUUCGAGUCUCUGGCCAUGGGUUGGAUCUUUGGGGCUGAGAGGAUGUUUGACAUCAUUGAAGACAUGACAAGGUCACGGCCCAAUUACAUAUUCAUGCUGUGCUGGAAAUACUUGACUCCUCUCGUGUCCCUGGUGUCUUUUGUUUAUUCUGUGGUGGAGUACAAGCCCCUCACUUUUAACCGCUGGUAUGUGUACCCGGACUGGGCAUAUGCCCUAGGCUGGUUACUGGCCUUGUCCUCCAUUCUGCUGGUGCCUGGAUGGGCGCUAGGCCGAAUGUGUGCUGGGAAAGGAAGCCUGAAACAGCGUUGGCGCCACUUGUGUAUUCCUGACACAAACCUCCCUCUCACCUGUAAGCAACGAGCUAAAACCACAGAGGUGGAAGACUUAGUCAGGAGCAACACAAACUAAACCAUUACAUAUCUGGAAAUCACAAAACAU